AUGGAUCCAGCGGAGUUAGCUCAGUGCAUCCUUAACCUCACACAACGGAUGGAGGAUCUCACGCUGAACGUGACGGAAAUCCGUAAUGAGAACCGAGACCUACGGGAGAAGAUGUUACUGAGACCACCAGAAGGGGCAUCCGCCCACCUGGUUCAAAGUCAUCCAGCCCCUGAGCCCCAGGUAAGCCCUCCCGAUACCUUCUCUGGAGACCGAAAGACCUACAGCGACUUCCUCCUCCUUAUGUUCGAACUCAGGCCCAGGUCAUACCCUACCGAUCACGUGAAGGUACGUACCUUGAUUUCCUACCUUAGGGGGGAGGCCAGGGCCUGGGCGAAUACUUACCUGGAGACCAACGACCCGCUACUCGAGUCAUACGACGGGUUCAUUGCAGCAAUGUCCCAAUUAUACGAGGACCCGGGUAAGCAAAUAACCGCGGAGACCGCCAUUAGGAACAUCCGCCAGGGGAAGCGCCCGGUGGAAGACUUCAUUGCCGAGUUCAAACGAUGGGCACGCCAGACGGAACGGAUAUCAGCCUUAGGAACCAAUUCCGUCUGGGGCUUUCCGAGACGCUCAAAGAUGAACUAG